GUUUUGGCUUUUUUUCUUGUAGGAAUUUUUCUGUCAGUGUCAUCAACGUCGUGUCUUUCUUACAAAUACUUACAUAUUAUCGUAACAGUUAAUUACAAGAGCCGUUUCUUAUUAUCAUUAGUUCUUAUCAUCUUCAUCGCCAUCACUAUCUCACAAACCUGUGAAAAGCCCUCAAUAUCAGACAAGAUGAGCACGCUUCAGCUGCCGCAUUUUUUCGCCGUCGCACUGCUAAUGCAACUAGUUGUGCAAGGCAUCUUGGCAUCAUCUUCUCUGUCCUCUACUUUAACCUCCGCACCAGUAAGGGACCAGCAACAAUCUUCGUCUUCCUCUUUAAGGCCCAACUUUCAUUAGUCAUUGAAGUUGGUCACUGACAGCGAAGCGGAGACCCCUUGAGACAACACGGGAAAUCUAAGGGAAGAAGGGGAAAGCUCUGUAAGGGGCCUUGUCCGGUUCAGAGUCAGUGACCAAUGACUGCUGACCUUUAACCUCUUCUCCGUUAUCUGCAGAUGAGAUCUUCGAAGCUUGGAAGUCCUACAGGGCUGAACAGAACAACGAAUGCUACCAUCUGCCUGUGGCGAAGAAGAUUUUCACCCUCACUUCGGAACAGGAGGAUCAGCAAGCAGAUGAUCAUCUCGUGAACGCUGAUGAUCACUGUAGUAUUGCCGGAGAUGGAACUUAAGGCUCGAUAAUAUAAUUCAUUCUUGUCAAGAACGUCGGAUAUGUUGUUCUGGUUCCUUCUACUUGCGACUGAUUCUGAAGAAACAAAUGAAGGGAAGAAAUGAAUUAUUUUUCUGCUCCUCGUCUUCUAAGGAACUACAAGUGCUAGCUCCACACGUCCUUGGUCAGCAACAAAUCGUAUUGAUGUGGGCGUACAGGCUGGUGGUGAGACCACUGUUGUAUCUGCUUCAAGUGGGAGCUGUACUACGAUUGCUACAGCAGCUAGUACAUUGGCAACUGAGUUUCUGCAGAAAAGAAGCUCAGACGACACGACUCGAAUUCGUGAGGUUGCAACUGGAGGAGCCGACGACGCCGCGGGUCGUGGAGGAGUCCCUGCAGCGUCUUCUUCCACACUCACAGAUCCUCCAAGUGGUAGUAGUUGUAGUGGGCAUAGUACUUGCGCGGCAGCAGCAGCACGACCGGCCGCGUCUUCUGUGCACGUCGAAGAUCCUUUUUCUACGGGCACAGCAACUACUAGGGAAAGCGUUACUACAGUAACUGAGGAAGAUGUUGCGGAUCCUAGAAGGGUUUCUGAGCUUUCUGACCAUGUAGUUCCUGCGACUUCUUCUAGACCCAAGAAAGGCGAUAAAGUGAUGAAAGCAAGUGCUAAACGCCCUGCCCAAGACAGCACUAAGAAGAUCUCAAGUACUGGUGCCACUGCUUCUUCGAGCUCGUCUUCCUCUCCAGCAACAUCGUCAUCCACCACGUCAUCUACAACCCCAACGGGUUCGACUUCCAGUCCUUUGCUUAAGAGUAGCUUGAGAACGUCGGCUUCUUCUUCACAACUUUCUAGUAAAGGUGCUACGGCCACCAGCAGCAGCACGACCCAACAACUUCUUGCCAAGCGUGCUCUUAGUCUUGUAGCAGAACUUGACCGCAAAGGGCCAGCCUUGCUGGAGGACACGCGGAGUCCUCUGCUAAAAUGCGGUCGUGAUAUCGAGCAGGAGAACGCGAAUCUUGCUAAAAACAUCAAAAGAGCGGCGAUUCAGAACAGCUUGAACGCGAUUCUUCAGUUCGUGGAGGGAUGCAUUAUCACUUUGAACAAUGGCAGUAAUGGGUUUCACAAGAAGUGGGCACACGCACAACAAGAUGGGACAUCUAAGGAAAACGUUGCCAAAUCAGCAGCUAGGGGGCAGCGUCAACUAGUGCAUGAACAACGGGGUUGGCACACUCCACAACAGCCGACACCUGCUUUUAGUACUCUGGAAAUGCUGCGUCCGGGAUCAAGCUACUUCGAACAAUAUCAAAAAAGCGAACGUGCAAGCGGGACUCUGAGAAUCAACAUGUUUCGCGGAGAUUUGACCGCUGUGCCGCCUGAUGGGAUUUUGGCCCAACGUUCUAUCCAUCGGGGCUUUCGCACCGACGGCAUGUCUGGAUGUGAUUCGGAUUUUAACUCGGACCUGCCAAAAUACUGGAAUUCGCUGAAUCCAAUGUGGUCACCGACGUUUUUUCACCGAUUUACUUCAGGAGUAGCGUGGGACAUUCCUGAGGGUAUGGAAGUGCAUCCACACGUUGCGUCGAUGUAUAUGAAUUUACGAAGUAGUUGUAGCCCUUGUUGUUGAAUGGUUCUGGUAUUUGGUAACCUGAAUUUGAUCCUAAGGGAAAACAAGAAGAGAACCCUUAGGAUCCAACUCAGGUUACCAAAUACCAGAACCAUACAGUUGUAGUAAGCUUACAGUAACUUCUCUUCAAGGUUUAAGCGUAUUCAUUGCUGUUGUUGCGAAUCUUUUCUAACUCCACUUGCGUCGAUUCGGGAACAAGACGGUUCGACUCCAAAUCAGCGUGGUAAAGGUAGUGGCGGGUCCACUACCACGACUUCUACCUCGCGUGGUUCACCUUCUGCUGAGCAAACUAGCAUCUCGCCUGGUGAUGAACUCCUUAAACGCUACCUCAAGGAAGUAUGGACUCCAGCGCGACGUGUCUUGGCGCGCAAUAUCUUACCUGAGCCAGUGGUGGUGAAUGAGUUAUGUGGAGGACUUUACGUUAUUACUUCGUGAAGAAACCAACCACCCAUUUAUUCCUUUGCUUGUCUAAGUACUAAAAUGAGUAUGCAGUUCAAGCUCUAUCUCUUUGUUUUUUUCUUUGUUCUACUCUCUCUUGUCAAAACAACGCCCUCUUCUAAUUUCCCAAUCCAACGCCCGCACUGGCACAACAACCUCUGGCGCUUCUCCACCUACUAGGCGGAUGAAAAUGGACGGCGAAGUUUUACUGGGUCUAAAGAAGAUUUUCGAGUAUGAGAAAUUCGACUUUUUUGUCAGUGCAAAUGGUGCAAGAGUCUUGUCCUCGUUGUCGACGUCUAGUACUGCUUCUACAGGUUCUAGCACAGCUAGUACAGCGCCUGCAGCAUCCGCGUCCUCUGCGUCUGGUUCCCAUCAUGGUGCAGCGGGAAUGGCAACUCCAGCUCCUUCUUCUUCAUCCUCGUCCUCAACAUCAGCAACCCUGGCAUCUCCAAUCGCAGAAGACUGGGUUGCUCUAUCUCCAAGAUUCACGAUCUGCGUGCCAGGCUAUUGUGGUGCGACUGGCCAGGACGAGGCCGAGGGUCGAAGUCAGUUAGAAGGAGCCAUUGCUCGGCCGCGUUGA